AAAAAAAAUUGUGCUAGGAGGGCCCCUAAGUUCCCUACUCUAAGUGAAACUCCCUCCCGCCUUCCACGACCAAGCGACCAACCAAUGAUCCGAAAUGAAAACGAAACCCAGAAACAUGGAAUUUGGAACCUUCCUAACUAAUUACAUGAUCAUCCUUUCUCUCUCUUCUUCUCCUGAAUAAUUUCGGAGUCCCAAUUUCUAAUCAAUUUACACUCUCCUGUUUACCAGUUCUUUCUGUUAUAUAAUAUUAAUAUUUUACUCUUCUAUUUAUAAUUUCGGAUUGCAUUUAUUUUAAUUUGUUUGGAGUUAAAACCCAACUCCGAAUUCAACUGCAUUCCGUUGAUCAAUAUCAAUACGGGUUACAAUGCAUUAGUUCUAAUUGUAUUAGGAAAACCUAACACGAGUUAAGUUGUAGUAUACAAAAUCAUCUAUUUUUUUUGGAAUUUUCGAUUUUUGGGAGGGUGAGAAGAGAGAAAGACAGAGAGUGCGAGCGUGGUAGCAAAGAUGAUGCUGCACUAUAAUGGUUUUUCAGGGCUUAAGACCAAAAGGAUUGUAUUUGAAAACGUAUUCAGUGUGCUUGAUUCUGCAAGUCUCGAGCAUUUGAAAGAACUAACUGCAAAGCGUAGAUUAAUUGAAGAAUCUGUUAAUGCUACCAGUAACAUCACAGAAGCUACUGCAAGGGAGAUGUCUGGAGGCCUGACUUCUCGUAGUCAACAGGAUAUCCAGAAACUGGAACAGUAUCUGCCAAUAUUAGGGAAUUUCAUCGUCCAAGUUGAUUCAAUUAGUCGAAACAAAAAUUUGUUAAUUUCACAGCUGAAAAUACAGUGGAGUAGCACCCUUUGUUCUUCCAAGUUUAGAAUUGGUAGUCCAAAGUUUAUCCAGAUCAAUAGCCUGAAUUAUGAACUUGGGAUGUCUCUUUUCCUGUAUGGUGUAACUAUCCGUGAGCGGGCUAUUGAACUUCUUUCAGAAGAUAUGCAGCAGUCCGCCAGUCUUUUGAGAAAAGCAGCUGGAGUUUACAACUAUUUGAAUGCUCAAGUCCUUCCACUGUUGCAGUCUAUCUUGCCACCAGAGAAGCCACCUGAAACUACAGCCAAUGUCGCUUCUGCCAUGAAUAGUAUUUGCUUGGCUGAGGCUCAGGCGAUAGCCAUAAGAAUUGCAGAGAAGCAGGGAUUGUCUGAUGGUGCUCUAUCAAAAUUGCACUUUGGAGUUAAACAGUUUUUGGAUGAAGCAAGUUCUGUUCUGCAAUUAGGACCUAAAGAUAUUUCUCGUAGAUUUCUAGAGUAUAUAGUUUCAUGCAGUAACCUACAUGAACUGAGAAGUUAUAGGCACCUUGCUGAAAGCUACAAACAGUCAGAGCAAGUGGGAGUUGCUAUUGGCCUACUUAACGUUGCACUGAGAAACACAAAGACCUUGCCCGGGGAACAGUCUUGGCGAGAAAUUUUCAAAAAUGAAGUUAAUAAGAUAUCCCUUAUGCUUAAAAAGUACAAGGAAGAAAAUGAAUUUGUGUGGCAGCAUAAGAUCCUAUCGGAUUUUGAGCUGCCAUCCUUGGAAGGUAGAAAGGUUGUGAUCACCACUCCUUACCAACCUCAAAGAUGGCAAAGAGAAAUUGCUUUCAACAAAGGAGUUUAAACCAAAAUUACUUGUAUAGCAUAAUUUAUUGUGUACAAAAGAGUGAUUUCUUUUUGCUUGUGUAUACCAGCUGAGCCUGGAGUACAAAACCUAAUUUAACAAUUUUGGUAACUAAAAAACAUGAAAUUGUAUUCAAUUCAGAGAAACAUUCAUUAAAUAUUGAAAUAGGGGUAUUUUUAUGUAGGCAAAAUUAUCAAAAGUACAUUCUUUUUG